AUGAUCUCACAUGAUGUAUCACUGAACUGUGAUGAGCAUCAGAUCUUCUCUGAACAUUUUCUAUUCAACUAUGAACGUUUACUCUGUCUUCGUCUCGCCAUUUUGGCUGUCUCCUCCGUUUCCGGAAUCAUCAACAUCGGAGGUGGAAAGAAGUGUGGAGGAUAUAGCAAUGGAGGAUAUGGAUCCGGAAUCAUCAUCGGAGCUCCAAAGCCAGGAGGAAAAUAA